AUGAUUCAGGUGGAAGAGUACAAUCAUUCAAACGUGAAUUCGUUGGAGAAAUACGACGAUGGGGCUGAGCUUAGUGACUACGAGUGUAAGGGAAACAGCUUCAAGGCACCAUUAGAUGAUGACAACCUGCGAAAAUUAAGUUACUUACAUCGAUAUAUCAGCCAUCUAUACGAUCAGGGCCUGGAAUCCCUUUUAAGUCCAGAACAAGCGAAGGAAUGGAGUGAUUUGUAUGAAGCCACUGAUGCGUUUACUGAUGGCUGGCUUUCCGCAGGAAGACACAAGCUCGAGGAACUUCAGCGGAUGAAUCAGCUUGCGUUGCAAGACGAGCCUCAAGAAACACUCUCUGGUGAUGGAAGCGGCAGAUGUGAUGACACAGUGCCUGCCAACCAAUACAAUUUCCUUGUUACGUCUGUUUUCAGCUCAAGAGCAGUCGGAAAACUCCAAUGCUGUCGAUGGAUCCGUGAUCGCUUCCAAAGCAGCGACAAUUUCCCCAAGUUCUGUGCCAAAGGCGAUGGGCCUGAUGAGAGCAACGCUGCCCGGGUUCUUGCAUGGCCUUUCGUGAAGAUCAGCACUGAUCCAGACGCUCCUUAUCAGUUACCUAUACUAUCACAGAGAACCGUUGAAGAAGUUCUGAGAGCUACGUACUGGGAUUCUGGCACUUCACAACAGCGCAGACACUUACCCAAUUGA